ACUUAUCUUGGUUUGUGUAUUAGGUUUGGGUUUGUUCAACUCGUGUAAGAAAAGGGCACCAGAAGGAAGGGCUGCUAAAAAUCUAUGAUUCCUCAUGACAUGAUUGAGCAAUUGGAAAAGGAGAUCCGCCGCCCAAGGCAGUUUUCGUACAAAGAAUUGGAUUCCGCGACCGGACAUUUUUCUGAGGGAGAAAAACUUGGAGAGGGAGAAUUUGGUGUGGUUUACAAGGGCUACCUAAAAGAUUUGAACUCUUACAUUGCUGUUAAGAAGAUCUCAAAUGGAUUUGAACCGGGGCUCAAGGAAGUCGUGUCAGAAGUAAGCGCCAUCAGUCAACUUAGGAAUCUGAUACAACUCAUUGGUUGGUGCCACGAUGAAGGAGAGCUCCUACUUGUCUACGAGUUCAUGCCCAACGGCAGAUUAGAUUCUCAUUUGUUCCAAGGAAAAAGCCGGUUAGUUUGGGAGAUAAGAUAUAGAAUUGCUCAAGGCUUAGCCUCUGGGUUGCUCUAUCUACACCUAGAAUUGGAACAAUGUGUCUUGCACAGGUAUAUCAAAUCCGGCAAUAUUAAAUUGGAUUCAAAUUUCAACGCUAAACUGGGGGGUUUCAGGUUUGCGAGGCUUGUGGACCAUGGAGAAGAAUUGGAGGAGAUGACGACUAUAGUUGGAACCUUUGGCUACAUGGCUACUGAAUAUUUGAUGACAGGAAAAGCUAGCAAGCAGUCAGAUAUCUAUAGCUUUGGAGUUGUUGCUCUGGAAAUAGCCUGCGGAAAGAGAGUUUUUGAUGUGUUGGAAAGUGGUAAACCUAAUAUGGUAGAGUGGGUUUGGGAGCUUUAUGGAGAAGGUAAAGUGAUUGAAGCAACUGACCCAAAAUUGUGUGGAGAUUUUGAUGAGAAACAAAUGGAGUGUUUGUUGAUUGUUGGGUUGUGGUGUGGUCAUCCAAAUUACAAUUCCAGACCUUCAAUACAGCAAGUGAUUCAAAUGCUUAACUUUGAAGUUGCAGCGCCCAUUCAACCAUCAAAGAUGCGAACUACUACUUCUCCUCUUACAAUAUCAGCUUCAGGUUCGUCUUCUAGUAUUGGUUCUGAAGGAGGGCAAGUUGAUGACUCUGGCCCUGAUUAUACCACCAAUUGCUCAGAGAUCACUGAAUCUUCGGCAACAAAUUCUCCUCCAUCAAUUUCGCUCGGCUAAGAAAUAAGCUUGGCUUGUGAUAAUCUCGAAUGCUUCGUUGAUGAAACCCAUGAUUAUACACGUAGGUUAUUAAAUUAGUAAAAACUGAUCUAGAAGAAGCAUUAGGUUGGUGCUAAUGGUUUUGGCUCUCUGCAUUUCACCGAUUGCCAUAUUUUUUUCUGUAAGUCAGACCCUCUGUUUCUUUCACACACACGACACGAAUGUCUUCUCAUGCCACCACCAUAUGAAUAAUAAG